AUGUUACUUCAAUUCCUUUCAAAACCUGAAGCUCCAUUAUGGCAAGGAUAUUUUAUUGCAACUUCUAUGCUAUUAAUGCAAAUAAUAAGUGUUUUCCUGAGUCAGAAGGGUUUUUAUUCAUGUUUGUCAUUGGGAAUAUCCGUCCGUUCAGCGCUUACAUCGGCAGUUUAUCGUAAAUCUCUCCGGUUAUCAUCAGAAGCUCGGGCUGAGUAUACGACUGGUGAAUUAGUAAAUUUGCUCAGUGUUGACGUGAAUCGCAUUAAGGAACUUUUUAGUAAGUAUCAAAAUGAAUUUGCUUUAUCCACUUGCUAGUUGACAUGUGUUAUAGCCUUUCCAAAGAGAAAUUUGAAUUGUAUUUAUUGCUUUUGCUGUUAAUUGCUGUUGUUGUUAAACGCGACAGAAUUUUUAGUUGUAGUUCGUGGAUUAUUAUCCUGCGACGUUGACAGCAUUUAUGUGUAACCAAAACCCCUCAACAGCCACGUGUUAUAUUCUCCUUAUUCUUGUAGUGCAAACAUUACCUACAUCUUAGUAUUGAUGAGAGUUUCAAUUCUAGGGCUGUAUAAAUACACGUCAGUUCCAUAAAAUAAUAAACUUAAUAUACACUUUUUCAGUUUACUAACUUUUCUUGAUACAUGUGGAUACUGUCAUUUUAUAACAAUUAAUACCCUGCUUUUUUGAGGCAGUAAAUUUCCACUGGAUGGUGUUUACGGUGUAAUGAUGUGCUCAUAUUCCAGUAUUGUUUUUAUUGUUUUGGAUGUCAUUGAGAAUGGUCUUAGACAAGUAAUUUCACUAAAAUAGAGAAUACUUCUAAUAAAGUAAGUUAACAAAUUUCAACGUAUCGUGAC